AUGCUGAAGAAGAUCUCUUCCCUCGCGGCUGGCGGCUACGGCUACCACAGCUCCAGCAGGCCCUUGCAAGUUCGUCGCAGAAGCCUUGACGAUGACCAACUUCGAAGACACAGCCAGACCAACCCCAAUGAUGACUCAGGGACAGAUGGCUCACAACCAGAAGCAGAAGGCCUCAAAAACGCCAUGGACAUGCUGAUCGCUGAGAACAAACACUUGAAAACACUCAUUCAGGAGCGCGAUGCGCGCGCCAGUUCUUUUGAAAGGGAAGACCUGGAAGCAUUGAGGAAGGAAUGUGCGGAAGCAAAUGAUGAGGUAGCCAGACUUCGGCAACAACUGGAUGCCAGAGGGGAAAUCAUUGAAUCGAUGAAACGAGAAAGGUUACUGCAAAGCAACGAGGGAGUGCAGGAACUUCACGAAAAAAUUAAGUUGCUGGAGGCACAGCUUGAGUUCGAGUGCAAAAACCAUGUCGAGGAACUGGAGGAAAAGGAGGCUAGGAUAGCCGAACUGGAAAUGCAGGUUUUGGAUGCUCAGCACCAAUCUUCUGGAGAGGCACUUUCUCGGCAGGAGCACUUAAAUGAAGAGGAAAAGCAGCAGAGGGAGGAACUGAAGAGCCAACUGGCGAUGAGGGUGGAAGAGGUGUCGAGGAAAGAUGCAGAGAUAAAUAGGCUUCAAGCUGAACUUGAAGCCACCAGGGGUGCUAUAGCCAAAGAGAGGACAGAACAACAGACUUCUUCCGAAGAUGACGAGCGCGCUAAGGACUUGAGCAGGCGCAUAACGAUUCUUGAAGCGAAGCUGUGCGCAGAAGAGAGCAAACGAAUUGCAGCUGAGGAAGCCCUUGCUCUCCAAAGAGAUACUGCAGGUGAGACUGAUGAGGGUAAAACUUCGUUGGAACAGCUGCGAAGAGAAAUUAAAGAAAAGGACGCUGCACUUCAGGGGAUGAGUCAGCAACUACUGGAGGUUUCUGCGGAGAAGGACGAACUUGAACAGCUGCAGAAGCUCCGGGAGGCGCCGUCUGCUCCUGAGACGCCAAGGGCACUGACCACCAGACGCAGUUUCUUUGGGCGCAGCAAGUCGACGGCUUUGGAAAGGGAUGCUCUCGCUGCUCAAGUGCAACAUCUCGAAGAGCAGCUGCAGAAACUGACAGACAAACGGGUGGAACUUGAGAGGACAAGAGUCAAGCUUGAAGGGCAGUUAGCUGAGUCUGUCCAAGAUGUUCGCCAGGCUCGAAAAGAAAAAGCAGAUCUCGAAAUGAGGCUGAGGGAAAGAGAAGCUGCUCUUGAAGCUCUUCGUGCAGCUCAUGUAAGUGGAGUUUGCGAUCAGAUCUACUUGUGCCUCGUAGUUUUUUCUUUGGUUGUGCAAACGAUCUUAGAUACUCUGGCUGUGCCGCAGGCGGAUAUAAAAAAACCUCUCGACGUCCCUCAGAAUAUUACCCUGCCCUUACCACAAGGCCGCCAGGAUGCAGGGUUGGAAGCGACGGCGCAGCUAGUGCUCAAGGAUGGAGUCAUCAAGACACUCAGCAGCCGAAUUGCUUUUUUGCAGUUUUCGUUGGAGGAGGUCACAGCAGAGAAGGAGAAGCUCUUGUCGCAACCGGCAACCGUUGCGCUGCAACAACAACUACAGGAAGCGAAGAAGGAGCUCGUCGAGACCUCAGCGAAGUAUCGCGGCGUGGUUACCCAGCGAGCAGAACUGAGAGAAAAGGUUGAGGCAUUGACGAAGGAAGCUGAAAAGGCCCGCCGAGAAAUAACAUCUCUCAAGGCUGCGCUUGAUGAAUCACAAGCACGGCUGACUACGACAGCUGACAAGUUUAAAGAACAGACCGACAGGUGGACAACUGAACCUUUCACAGCUCCUCUUUCAGCUGCGGUAGAGCUGAAACCAUUCCAGCUGAAUGGUUGUUGGGUACCGUACCGCAGUCUGGUCUCAUCUUCGCUUUCAAAGAUAGAGGAUUUGCAAGAUGAAGUGUCCAGGGAACGCAACAGCAAAAUAUUGGUGGGAAAGGUUUACCGGCAGGAGAUGCUGGAGCUGAGAAAGGCGGCGGUGCAUGUGGGGGGCGUUCCAGGUGAUCCCCUGCGGCCUCUGUCUUCUGCUAAAGAGGAGCAACACGAGAGGAUGCAGGUGUCAGGGCAGCCCACGCAAGAUCCGAUACCGCAUGCAAAGGCGCCUCCUUCCCAUACAGGGGAAUCGCAAGAGCAGCGGGUACUGUCUGCCCCGUUAAGAGAUACGGAUAGACAGGCUCCGGCGGUUUGCUGCCCGUUCAGCGGCGGCAUCCCAGUUGCCGUCACUGCGCCAAGGCAACAAGCAGACUUUGCAGUCAUUCCUCUGUGCUACCCAGCGAAAGUGGCCGGAACGGCAAGUGGAGAAUCGAACAUGCACCGUGGGAGCUUAGCCAAAGAGAAAGGCCCGAAAGAACAGCACAUACAGGUAUCACGAGUUCGGCAUGCAUACGUAAACAAGCAGCAAGAUGACAGCAGCUGCACUGAGGGAGUGCAGAAACCUCAAGCAGCGUUGCCGAACCCUGCGUUCCAGGAGCCAUCUGCUGCUUCGCUUACCACGGCUAGCUUGAAGCCUAAAGCCACCAGUCCUGCGCUAAAGCCUGCUAGCAUCCCUCAGCCUCCUUCAACCGGGAUACACACGCAGCAAGAGACGCCUUUUCAUCAGCAGUUCCAGACUAAGAAGGAACUUCUGAAGGCCGCUGGAGAUCAGCAACAAGAUGAUGCAACUGCCGCCUUAGGGCAGUACCGGCCUCCCGAACGUGCCGGUUCUGUGAAUGGGCCCACUCGCAAUCUGCUGCCGAGGCAGGAGUGCUGUGAGGAGGCAGAUAUCCCAACUGAGCAGGAGCUGGGGCAUCUAGAGGACUACACUUCUGCUUCUGCAGAACGCAGCAGCAGCAGCAAGACCCCACCAACACGCACCCAAAUGCUCUCAGGCAGUGACUCCCUAGAUGCUGCAACAGACGGUGGGGAUGUAGAGGGGACCGCCGCUGCGCCGGCGCCCCUAGACGGCACCACCAUCCUUCGUGAUUUGCAGCAAAUUCAAAGCAAGAAGAAGGUGCUUUUCACUCCAGGCCUGAGCACUCGGGGAUCACCUGUUUUGGGAAAUCCCUUUGAGGCUGAAGAGGACAGCAUUGUAGAUUUGUCGUAA